AUGGCGGAAAUUAAGCAAAUGUUUCUGAACUUGACAACUGAGAUUGAAUAUCUAAGGAGACAAACAGACAUUAUACCGGUUCUAAAGCAGAAUCUUACUGUUCUUGGUAAAGAAAAAAAGUUACUGCAAAACAGAGUAUUCUUUUUGGAAGCGGAACUGAAUAAACUAAAUGCCUCUAAGCCUCCCUCCUAUGAUGAAUUAAUGACGUAUCUAAGAGGGACAAAACAAAUAGUUCAAACUCUGGCGGCAAAUGAAGAAUACGACAAAAAUCUAACGCAGCAACUGAAUAAAGCGGAGAAUAAUAUCGCGAUUUGUGAGAAGCAAAACAAGAACAUAACGAAACGACUUGACGAAGUAUUGAAUAAUUUAGUGAUACACGAAAAGCAGGAUAAAAACUUUACUCAACGAUUUAAUGAAAUAGAGAAUAUUUUGGUGGAAUAUGAUACGCGGGGAAAAAACGUCACUAAACGACUUAAUGAAAUUCAUAAUUAUUUUGAUUGCAAAUGA